AUGAGCACGGACUACCAAUGGACGGACAACGAUGCGAGCGUGGACUCGUGGGCCAUCCGUGACUUCCACUCCUGGAUCUCCAUGGCCUUCCUCAAGUGGCCUGUCAAGGAUCAGCUGCUUUGCAGUGCAUGCUGGGCGUAUGCGGUGGUGGCGAGUGUGGAGGCUGCGUACGGCAUCGCAUUGAAUCAAGCCGCUCCUCCGCUGUCAGUGGAGUCCCUCUUUGCAGCCAUGGGGCUCACCGAUGCAAACAAGUGCACCGCUGGAGGCUCCCCCACUGCGGCCUUUGAGAAGCUCGUCACUCUUGACGCCAGCAGUGGACUCACAGGAGACAGUGACCCGGCAACACCAUACCCGGUGGCAGCAUUUGAGCGGGCGCUCUUCAAGGGGUACUUCGGGCUCAUGCUGGCAGUGCGGCGCCAGCCAGUGGUGGUUCACAUCCAGGCUACAGCUGACACGUUCUUCCAGUAUGAUGGGGACCCUGCGUGCUACACGGGCAGUCUGAACCAUGUGGUGCUCGUCGUCGGCUACUUCAUCAAUCGAGACGACGGCAGCCAAAACCGUAUUGCUCCUCCAUUUUGGAUCAUCCGCAACUCGUGGGGAGUGGAGUGGGGCGACCAAGGCCACAUGCGCAUGGGCAUUCAGGGAGGGGAUGGCGUGUGUGGCAUCAACGUGCUACCUGGCAUCUACCCCGUUGUCAAGAGUGAGAGGGGGACUCAGCAGGACAUCCGACCAGUGAGCCGUCAGCUUGAGGCACCUUUGACAAGCAACCACUUGCAGCAGCGCCUCCCCGAUCGCAAUAGGCCGAACGCCACCGUUCGGCUUCUCGAGGGCUAUGAGGCGGGAGGGAAGGAGGAGAUCCCGUACGUGCUGUGGUUGGAAGGAUUCUCUGCUGCUUCCCCAUUCGUCGCUCUCCUCUCGCCUGUGUGGUUGUUUCUCACCGCUUCGUCCUCGUUCUCCAGCGAGAUCUCUUCCGAGGUCUCCUCUUCCCCACCCAUAAACCCCGGGUCUGCUUCCAGAUCGUCAGGCUCACCCGGUUCCUCAUUUGCUGGGGGAACUGCCCUUUCCGGUCUAUUGUGGUGCUUCCGCCACGUGCCCGUUCGCAGCGGGAUUUUGGUUCUGGGAAACGCGUUGCGCCCACCCCGUCCUCCCCUGAAGCCACCACGCGCAUCCCCGCGCCCCCCACGCCCAGCACCGGUGCCAUCUGCGGUUCCCACCGCGCCGUUUGUUACCCCGCGACCUGCCGGCAUCCAGGGGGUGCGUCCGCCACGUGGCGGUCCCCAGGUGAUCGUGCCUAGCCUCGCGGAGCGACGAGUCCCUUGCAUUCCCGGAACGCCUCCACCUGCUUCUGCUGAUUCCGCAGGUCCCAGGGGGCGGUCUCUCGCCUGGAUCCGCAGAGCCGCUGUGCCGCCGGGGCAGUGGCGGAGGGUGAAUCUAAGUCGUCGCCAGAGGCAGCGGCAGUCCCGACAGCAGAGCUCUGUGCCGCCCCAGUCUCCACUGCGGCCUCCGCCGCUGUCCCCUCCUCCUGUUGUUCCUGAUCCCCCCGCGCCGCUGUCGCCGGUGGAAUUCUCGUCGCCAACCCCCUCUCUGCUCCACGGGGUCUUCCCGUGGGAGUCGUUGCCGCCUCCGGCCCAAGAUGCUCCUCAUUCCCAGAGCCUGUGGGAGGAAUCCCCCCCUGUCGACCGAGCUCUUCGCGUCGAGCCGGCGUGA